AUGUCGUUAACACUUUUAUUAGAAAAAUACGAUGUUUCUACUGAGGACGGUUUACAAAAGGCUUUAAAUGAAAUCGAGAAAGAAGAGUCUGACGUCAAUGAAGCCCUAUCCAAUGCUCUGUCGCGUGCAUGCUCUCUGGAAGGAAAGUUACGGACUGCCAGUCAAGCAUACACUAAGCUUGGAGAAGUGAAGAAUGACGCCCAAACUGCAGCUGAUAUGGUGGAGAAGACUGCGGUCCUGGCUCGAGAUGUCAGUGCUAAAGUACGACAGUUGGAUCUUGCACGAUCACGGGUUGCAGAAUGCCAGCGACGUGUACAUGAUUUAAUCGACCUACAGUUGUGCAGUGCGGGUGUAGAAGCUGCCAUUAAAGCACACGAUUAUGAAACUGCGGCGCGGCACGUGGCCCGCUUCCUGAGCAUGGAGCCGGGCUCGGUGGCGGCGGCGCGAGCGCGCGGCGCGCCCGACCCGCGCAGCGACAUGGCGCGAGCCGCGCGCACGCUGCGCGACCACCUCGUGCGCAAAUUUGACGAAGCUGCACGAAAAGAAGAUGACGUAGCAGUGGAACGUCUUUUCAAACUGUUCCCGCAGAUCGGUCAGACUGAGGAGGGUGUGGAUUUAUUAGCAAAAUAUCUCGCUGUACAGACCGAGUCUAAGAUCAGGAAGGCGAGCGUGGUGGAGGGCGGCGGUGCGGGGGGUGCGGGCGGUGCGGGGGGUGCGGAGGCGGUGCACGCGGACGCGCUGACGCGCGUGCUGGAGGCGGGCGCGGGCGCGCUGCAGCGCGUGCGCGCGCUGCUGCUGCACGCCGCCGCGCCGCACCACUUCCCGCGCGCUCUGCUCGUCCUGCAGCCCGUGGUGUGCGCGGGCGCGCGGCGCGUGUGCGGCUCGCUGGCGGCGCGGGUGCGGGGCGCGGGGAGUGCGGGGGGCGCGGGGGGCGAGGCGCGCGCCGCAGAGCCGCAGCUCAGCGAGCUGGCGCUGGCGCACUCGCGCCUGCAGCUCUACCUCGCCUUCCUGCGCCGCAACACUGCGUCGGAUACGGCAAAUUUACCAGAAGCCGAAAGGAAAUCUUGCAUUGAGGCCGUGGAGAAAAUCAUACAGGAAAGUGACCUAAUGCGGACCGCACAAGAUCUGCUAAGUCAUUACCUGGAGCUGGAGAGGUAUUUCUUGGAAGAGAGUAUCAACAAGGCAAUGAAGCUCUCGGCAGCGCAAACGGGGCCGCCAUCCAGUUUGGUGGACGAUGUCUUCUUCAUUGCCAGAAAAGUUAUACGGCGCGGUAUCAGCACGGGCAGCGUGGACGGCGCGUGCGCCGUGCUCAACGAGGCGGCGGCGGCGCUCGAGCGCUGCGCGGCCGCCAGCCUGCGCCGCCGCCUGGCCGCGCCGCCGCUCGACCCGCUGCCGCUGCCCGCGCCGCCGCCCGCCCCGCCCGCCGCGCCCGACGCGCGCGACCUCGCCGCGCAGCGCGCGCUCUACCUGGAGCACAUAAACGAGGCGGAAUCCGGCGCGGAGUGGUCUGAGCGCCUGGCUAGCGAGGCGGUGGGUGCGGGUGAGGCGUUGUGCCGCUGCGAGGUCGAGCGCGGCAAGCUGCGGUCGUGCGCCGCGGGGCUGGGCGCCGCCGCCGCCGCCUUCCGCCACGCGCGCGCCGUGGCGCUGGCGGCGCUGCGGGCCGCGCUGCAGCCGCGCCUGCACGCCUGGGCCGCGCGCCUCGCCGCGCCCGACCGCACAGAGGAGAUGGAAGAGGAGGUGAACGCGUUGACGGGCGCGCUGGACGUGCUGGGCGAGGCGGCGCGCGCGCAGCUGCCCGCCGCCGCCGACGAGCUGCUGGCCGCCGCCGUCGCCGACGUCGUGGCGCGCGCCGAGCACUGCGUGCUGCGCCAGCACUACGACCGGGAGGGCGGGUUGGCGGUGGAGCGGCGCGCGCGGCGGCUGGCGGCGUGGGCCGGCAGCAACGCGGGCGGCGCGCGCGAGCGGUGCGCGCGCCUCACGCAGCUCGCCGCGCUGCUGGCGCUCGAGCGCGCCGCGCACGCGCACCACGCGCUGCAGCCCGCCGCGCGCCUCGCGCCCGCCGACGCGCGCCACGUGCUCGCGCGCAGGACGGACUUCAAGAUGGAAGAAAUCAAACGAUUGAAGCUUUAG